AAAUUCGCAAAGCUUUGGAAAGCGGAAACAUCUUGACCUAAUUUACUUUCCAGUUCCCCCCUAAAGGCCACAGCCACAGCCACGCUCCCGUCUCCUUCUUCAUUCCUUCGAUCCCUUGUAAAUAACAUCAACUGCCGGUGCUAUCAGCUAGCUCGUCGUCGCCGGUGUAGCAACCUAGUUUCCGGCUCGCCGCAGAUCAUUCUUCUCGCCGCCGCAUCCCUCUCAGCCUCAGGACACAAAUCAUCCGUAUUCAAUGCAAACCGAAUAAACAAUUCUUAUCAUCAUUUCAAACAAUGGUUAUGAAGAAGUUUGAAGAAACAAUAGCAGCAAAAGAUUCAACCGAAAAUGGGAAUUCAUCAUCUUUAAUGGAAGAAAUUUCAAACAAAAAGCAUCGAAUUGAAGGACCUUUUGUGAUGCCACUUAUAUCAAUUCCUAAACUUGAAGAACAAAGUUCAAAUGCAUCGAUAGUUUUAUCUGGAACUGCUAAAAAAGGCGAAAUCGGACCACCUUUAGGAACAGUGGAUAUCGGUGUAAACAAAAGCGCGUAUUUUUUUCAAGUUGCACUACCUGGUGUCAAGAAAGAUCCUGGUCAAUUUAGCUGUGAGAUUGAACGGGGCGGGAUGGUUCAUGUGAGAGGAGAAACAUCAACAGGUGGGAAAACCGUAACGAGACAUUCGCGGGUUUUUGAAAUGAAAUUUCAACAGCAAUCGCCACCUGGACAGUUUUCUUUGUCUUUUAGUCUACCUGGACCUGUGGACCCCAGGCUGUUUUAUCCUAAUUUUAGAUCAGAUGGCAUCUUUGAAGCUAUUGUUGUGAAAUGCGAAGAGUAAAGUUUGUGUGGACUAUUUUACCCUUUUCAAUUAAGCACUUGUAUUGUACAGGGAUGAAGAUGAUGUUUGUUGUUUGGGAUAGGCUGAAGGUUGUAGCUAUUUUAGUUGGACUCAUGGACUGAACUGUUUUAUGGAUAAGAGGUUUGGCCUAAAUGACAUAAUACCCAUAACAACUUCUUACAAUCUGAUGCCCUGUAUUAGUUUACUGCCCUGGGCUUAGGCCGGCCCUGAUAGGUAGUGUCCAUCUAAAAGGGGACUACCUAAAGACAAUAUUCAUAGCGGUUUCUAUGGACGGAAAAAACCAGAAUCUGCAUAUAGCAUUUGGUAUCGACAUGCCAAAUAAUGUCGAGUCUUGUACAUGGUUCCUGAUGAAGUUGAAGGAAGCUCUCGGAGAGGGUAGGGAAGUGUCGUUCAUAACCAAUAUGGACAAUGACAAAUAAUCUGCAUAUAGAUGUUGAUGAGAUUUUAUCGACUGCGCCAAAAUAUAUAUCCCCUAUAAUUUCUUAAUUUAUGGAAACCAAUAUAAGUAUUAAAUAGCUUUUGUAACGACU